CCGGGGAGAGGGGAGCCCCGUUACGGGGUGGUUCUUCCUUUGUUCCCAGCGUUUCUAGUGGCCGGGGGAUGAACGUCGGCGUGGCGCACAGCGAGGUGAACCCCAACACGCGGGUGAUGAACAGCCGGGGGAUCUGGCUGGCGUAUGUGAUCUCCGUGGGAGUCCUCCACGUCGUUCUCCUCAGCAUCCCGUUCUUCAGCAUUCCUGUGGUCUGGACGCUCACCAACGUCAUACACAACCUGGUCAUGUACCUGCUGCUGCACACGGUGAAGGGGACCCCCUUCGAGACCCCGGACCAGGGCAAGGAUCGCCUCCUCACGCACUGGGAGCAGAUAGACUACGGGACGCAGUGCACCUCGUCGCGCAAGUUCCUCAGCAUCUCCCCGGUAGUGCUGUACCUCCUCACCAGCUUUUACACCAAAUACGACCCCGCGCACUUCGUCAUCAACACGGCCUCCCUGCUCAGCGUCCUUCUGCCCAAGCUGCCCCAGUUCCACGGCGUGCGGGUCUUUGGCAUCAACAAGUACUGAGGCCUGGCGCACGCGGCGCUUCCAGCGGAGAGGCUGCGGAGCCGGGGAACCGGAGCGGCGUGAGGCACCGGCUGGAGGGCAGGGGCGAGGCGUGAGGAGGGCUGGGUGCGGGCGCAGGGACCGCUCCGGCUUUUAGCGAGGUUCCUCCGUCUCAAAGGGGCUUUUCUCUCUUUGGCGAGGAGAGGAGCGCAGCCGAGUGGUACGGAGCGAGCGGUCGUGUCACACGUGCAUGUUUCCUUCGAGCUAACCCCCGCGUAACCGUGCAGAAAGCACCUACGAGGGGAGAACUGCUGACCAGUGGGAAGAGUCGCCCACCUACACCUCCCUCGUCCUCAUGUUUUAUAUCUUUCCACCGUAAUAAAGAACUUAGAGCGA